AUGAAAUCGUUAGGUUUUUUUUGCCAAGACUGUGAGAUGCUCGUCUGUCGUGAUUGUUUCAUUGUAACUCAUAAAGAUCACACUCGUAUUGAAUACACUAAAGUAGGAGAGGCAGCUCGUGAAUCUCUCAAGGAAAGUGCAGCAAAAUGCAAUGAAGCUAAAGUUCCAGGUACCUUUACCGAUUCAAUUGCUAAUGGAGAGAAAAUGCUACGACAGAUAGACACACGCAAGGAAGAGAUUGAAAAAGAAAUUGAGGAAACAUUUACAAAACUCAAAACCGUUUUAGAAGAACGUCGUAGGUUUCUUCUUGCAGAGACAGAAGAGAUUGCUAGUGCUAAGAAAGAGUCGGUUAAGAAGCAGUUGAAUGAGUUUCAAAGGCUUGAAAAUGGAGUUUUGCUUGGUUGCCAACUGGCCCAAUCUGUGAGUGAGUGUGUGGAUUCUGGUGAAGUCCUAAGCAUUAAGAAAUUAAUCACUGAUCAAUUGGAGAGAUGUUUAAAAGCAUCAAAAGAACACCCUCGUGAGAUAGAGGAGGAUGGGGUAAUACUAACAAAGUUGGAGGCUGCUGGCAUAAGCGAUGAGAUCAAUAGGUUUGGAGGUGUUUUUGAGGUUGAUCCUGAUUGCUAUUCUAUUGAAUCUGGGUUAGCUAUUCCACUGGCAACAGUAGGGAAGGAAAGGAAAUUCAAGCUAGCCAUUGAUAGCCCAUUGUCUCUGGAUAAAGCUACUACUCAUUUAAAAACCUCUUUUGUCAAAAGUGAUGAGGCUAAAGAGGAGGGUCGAGUUGUUAUAGCUAAUGAUAACAAGACAGCCACAAUCUCAUGCACACCUCAAAGUAUUGGGCAGUACCUGCUAUCAGUCACUAUAAGAGGUCAUCAUAUUAAAGGUAGUCCUUAUUAUCUAUAUGCAAAAGCAUCAAAGAAUUAUGCCUCACUUACUAACUUAAGUAAUUAUCCUGUUGGGAAUUAUACAUAUGGUGUUGCUGUUCAUGCUAAUGGUGAUGUGUUUGCUUGUAAUAGCAGUGGCUUUGUACAGGUUUUUAGUCAAGAUGGGAAUAAGACACGAACUAUUGGUACAAAUGGCAACAGUGAUGGUCAGCUUCAAAGUCCAUUUGGUUUAUUGGUAGUAGGAGACAAACUCUAUGUGAGUGAUGAUAAUCUUCAUCGUGUGCAGUAUUUCUCUGCUAUUACUGGGUAG